CAUAUUGCGCUUAUGAGAGCAUGAAACCUACUGGAGUGGAUUCUCUGUCCGAUGUAGUCUCGUGCCGGAGCGCAAUAUAAACAAGCUUCGCCUUUUCAUUUGCUGCAAGGUGACGUAGCGCCGCGUAUCAGGUGAAGUGACGACAACUGCGGCACCAGAGUCCCGACCGACCGGGGCGGAUAACGGAUAACGGUACGCGUAUAGGAAACCCGGGCACGACGCGAAUAUGUGUCACCAUUCACAAUGACAACGAAGCGAAAGUCGAGCAAACUGCAGCUGCGGAGGUCCAUCAGCGAACAGCUGCGCGACUCCACAUCGAAAGCCUGGGAUUUACUCUGGAGAAAUAUACGGGACAAACGACUGGCAGAAAUCGAGGCAAAGGAGGCAUGUGACUGGCUGAGGGCGGCUGGAUUUCCACAGUAUGCCCAACUUUAUGAGGAUUCCCAGUUUCCCAUUGAAAUAUCUGCUGUCAAGAGGGACCAUGACUUUCUUGACAAAGACCUUGUGGAGCCUCUUUGCCGUCGACUCAGCACUCUGAACAAGUGUGCCUCCAUGAAACUGGACGUAAGCCUCCCCAAGAAGAAAACUGAGGACUCUGAUGAGGAGGACCUGUUGGCCAUUAGUAAUAGAUGGACAUUUGAGCGUAACAGUCACCGCUGGUCACGUCUCGAAGACAUCAAUUACCUCCUUGUUAGAACAGAGGAGCGGAGCCCCUCAGAGUUGGGGGAGGGUCUACGGACCACCGUGAGCAGCGAGAGCAUUCUGACCGACUUGAGCGAGCCGGAGAUCAGCUCCCUGCACAGCGAAGACUCCUUAGCUGCCAUGCCAGACUCUGCCUCGCUCACCACACUGCACUUACCUAGAGACCUGCCUCAUUACGGUUCACUUCCUGCCAAGAACAGGCGGCGUGGUCGUACACGCGCCAAAGACUUCCUACGGAGAAUGGAGACAUUGGGUCGCACAUGGGGACCAUCGAUGGGGCGGUCAGAGCGCCGGUCUUUGGAUAUUAGCGGUCCAGUUCUGCAACGUGAGCCUGAAGCACUGAAAACUCUACGAUGUGUUCAGAUCUUCAAUGGCGAGCCAUUAAACACUGAAAACUUGCCACCUGCGAACAACUGCCCUGAUUCGUUUGCUAGCAGUGUGGAUAGCAGCCAAUCAGAGACAAGCGGUAGUGCGGGAAGUACACCAAACAUGAAGGGGCACGUCUCGAAGUUUCAAGCUCCAGGCAAACGUGCAGGUGUUUACCUGGAGGACAUCGAUGUUAUUGCUGGUGCCCCCCAGAGGAGGAGACCAGUAGAGCAGAGCCGCAAAAAAGAGUUUCGCUCCUAUGAGGAGCUAUUGGUGCACAUCCCAAAAGAUCACAAACCUGGUACCUUUCCCAAAGCACUGUCUAUUGAGAGUUUGGCACCAGCCAGUAAGGACCAUGGAAAUUGGAAUGCUUUGGAUUUGCAGCAGCGGCCGUUAAGAAGCAGGAAAGUUGGUGGAAGGGAAAUUCGGCCCGUGAUGCGUUGCUGCCCACGAGCAAGUCGGAUAAGCGUGUACGAUAACGUACCUGGUUCACAAUUGUACGCAAGCACAGGGGAUUUGUUGGACCUUGAAAAGGAGGAUAUUUUCCCACACUUAGAUGACAUUCUACAGCACGUAAAUGGACUGCAGAAAAUUGUGGACCACUGGUCCAAAAACGUCUUGCCGGAGAGUGAAGGGGAGAGGGAUGGCAGCGGGGUCCCGGACCAGAAGAUUAUUGAUGGACAGUCUUCCAGUCAAAUAACACUUGAUUUUGAAGGUACCUCAGUAAUAGAAGGUCUGACUACAUCAAACGAAGGCAACAGAGAUGGGGUCUCAUUAAAUGACAUGGACACGUCCAGCACUAGAGAGAGGAGGGACUCAGGGGUCGGGGCUUCUCUCACACGACCACGCCUUAAAUGGCCCAGCUUCAGGAUGUCGAACCUCCUCGGCCAAUCUGGAAUCUCGUUACAGAUAUCUAGCCAAUCAGUAGGCCAGCUUAGCUUGCUGCAGAAGUUCUCUCUACUCCGUCUCACUGCUAUCAUGGAGAAAUUCUCCAUGUCCAACAAGCACGGAUGGACUUGGUCAGUGCCAAAAUUUAUGAAGAGGAUGAAGGGACCAGACUACAAGGAUAAGACAGUUUUUGGUGUUCCUCUGAUUGUUCAUGUCCAGCGGUAUGGACACCCUCUGCCUCUAAGCCUACAGCUUGCUCUGCGCUUUUUAAGGAGCCAGUGUUUGGACCAGGUCGGGCUUUUCCGUAAAUCCGGGGUGAAGUCUCGUAUUCAGGCUCUGAGACAAAUGUGUGAAACCUCUCCAGAAAAUGUGAAUUAUGAGGAUCAGUCUGCGUAUAAUGUGGCAGACAUGGUCAAACAGUUCUUCAGAGAUUUACCCGAGCCUCUCCUUACAAGUAAAAUGGGAGAAACCUUCCUCCAUAUAUACCAGUAUGUCCCCAAAGAGCAGCGUUUGCAGGCCGUGCAGGCAGCUAUCAUGCUGAUGGCUGAUGAAAACCGUGAGGUCUUGCAGACACUGUUGUACUUCCUUAAUGAUGUCACUUCCUCUGUUGAGGAGAACCAGAUGACCCCCAUGAAUCUGGCGGUGUGUCUCGCGCCUUCUCUCUUCCACCUCAACAUCAUGAAGAACGAUAACCUGUCGCCAAGGUCUAUUCAGAGGAAGUAUGCCACAGGUCAGCCUGACCAAAAGGACCUGAAUGAGAACCUCGCAGCCACUCAAGGGCUUGCCCACAUGAUUGCUGAAUGCAACCACCUAUUUGAGAUUCCUCAAGAGAUAGUCUCUCAGUCCAGGAAUUCAUACAUGGAAGCUGAGCUGCUAGCACCCUCUAUGGAUGAGCUGUGUAAAAAACAACUGCAACAAGAUGAAGAAUCAGAAGAGGAGGAAAGCUCAUAUUGCUUUUAUCUGGAGAGCCUGAUACAGAGUUUGCUUCAAGAGACCAAGGAUAAGGCCAAGGGUUGGGUGACCAGAUCAAAUAUUGACAAUUCUGAGCUAUCGUUCAAAAAGGUGGGAGAUGGGACCCCGUUGAGACGCUGGCGUGUAUCUGCAGAGGUUGAGGCUCCACCAUCUGUGGUACUGAACCGCAUUCUGCGAGAGCGCCACCUAUGGGACAGUAACCUGCUUCAGUGGAAGGUUUUAGAAACGCUUGACAAACAGACAGAGGUGUACAAGUAUGUACUCAACACCAUGGCCCCUCAUCCCAGCAGAGACUUUGUGGUGCUCAGGACAUGGAGGACCGAUAUGCCCAAAGGUGGGUGCGUGCUGGUUUCAGUAUCGAUUGACCACGAGGACAGCCCACAGUUGGGUAGAGUAAGAGGAGUGGUGCUUGAAUCACAGUAUCUACUAGAACCGUGUGGUUCCGGAAAAUCCAGACUCACCCACAUAUGCAGAGUUGAUUUGAAAGGCAAGUCUCCAGAGUGGUACAACAAAGCUUUCGGCCAUCUAUGUGCUACUGAAGCAGCCAAUAUUCGCAAUUCCUUCCAGGCUUUGGAUCCUGAGGGCCCAGAGACCAAAAUAUAAAUGAUAUAGUUAAUCAACAGGACUGAAGGUGGACCACUGGAAAUAAAGUGGAAAGGAUGGAUUCAAGAGAGCAGAAGAAAGUGAAUGGUUUUCUUUAGCCCCUAAACAACUAUAAACUGUCAUUUUGGAGUGUUUUAUAAUGCCCUAGGGCAUUUGAUGUACAUUUAUUACCCGUAUAUGUAUGCAGCCAUUCACAACUGCCACUUUUGAAAUGUUGGCAUUUAUUGUCCUGUAUUGUAUGUGUUGGGGAAUGUGUAGUGAGAAAUGAUGGAUGGAGAAAGUGACAGAGACAGACUCCACUGUAGCCAUGAAGCCAUGCCUGUAAAAAAUCAGUCAUAACUCAGCUUCCUGUCGUCCAGACUUUACUACAGCUCUGCUUUGAGUCUGACCAGCUAACCACAGCAGACAUUUUUAACUAGCACCUUUAGAGUGUUGCUUACGGCAAACACAGAGCAGAUGUGAAUGACAAGCAACCUUACGCUAAUCAAAUCACAGCAGGUCUGUUUAGUUUUACUAAGUGCUACAUGUUGCAUUCAUAACAAAGCUAAAUUACUGCAUCCUUACGAAAUUUGGUACAUUAUUCUCUACUCUCUAAACAUUUUACAUUUAUUUAAAAGUGUAUUUAGGUGUUUAAUCCUGAGUCAUUUGAAUGAAGCUAGAUUUGCAUUAGUAUUUAAUUACAUUUUUACAGUUCUACCCAUGUGACGAAUUGAUAAGUAGUAAUUACUGAUGAUAAUAUACCUGAGUAACCCACAUUAUUUCAAGGUUCUGUUUUAAGAAAUGUUUUGUUUAUCGUGUUACUUGAUUUCAUUGUCCCAUAUUGUCUUUUCAUGGUAAAUGCAUCAGUAUUGGGCUCUUUUGACAAUGGAAACUUAAUAAGUUAAGACUAAGAAAUCAAGCAAAAUUUUAAAUAAUAGCAAAUAACAUAGACGCUGCAAUGUUUGUUGCAAGUAUACAAUAUUUAAAGCAUUAUUAUUAUUAUUAUUAUUGCUGUAAUUGUUAUAUGUUGCUGUGUCACUCUCUACAAUGUCUAGGACAUUAAUUCAUUUCACUGCUUCUAAGAAGCAUGUUCACAAAAAUGUACAUUUGUGUUUGUUUGUGUGUGUGUGUGUGUGUGUGUGUGUGUGUGUGUGUGUGUGUGUGUGUGUGUGUGUGUGUGUGUGUGCGUGUACUGUACAUGUGUAGAUACAAUUCAAGGUGUAUAAUUUGUACAUAAAUGAGGCAUAUUGACAGGUUUAUCUGCUUUUAUGCUGUUUUUCCCCCUCAUCGUAUCAAUAUAUAUUGUUUGAAAUGUCAUGUAAAAUGUAGUGCAAGCUGCUUUUAUCCCAUGCUUGUUUAGUGCUGGGAUGGGAACAGAGUAAAUGGGUUUGACUUGAGCUCAAUGGCAUGCGAAGGGUGAUAUGUCAUGACUCCAAAUGUAGAUUUAGAGCAGUGAACAGGGUGAUUGGAGUCCCAAACAUUUGGGGAAAAUAAAACCUCAGUGGAAUUUACAGUUCCCUUACGACUCAGUACAAUUGACAUUGUGUCACAAAGCUGAUGCAUAUGGGCAGUGUCCUUCUACAUGACAUAGUUGAAACCACUACAAUAACGGCAUUUCUUAAAUUGCUAUGGUGUUUGAGCCCCACCCUUUUAGGUGCGAAGCUAUCUGCUAUAAAAGCGGGCGCGCAAACACCAUUCCUCCGAUUUUUUUUUUUUUACGACAAUGAUUCAUCUCUUGUCUCUACUACUUCACCAUCACCAUACACGAGUCAGCGGCCAGGAUCUUCAUGGUAAUGGGAAGAAUCUUCACUCACCUGCAGUGUUCUGGCGAAUAUUUACUCCACCUGGACGCUUUGCUGGUGAACGGGCCACUUCAGCUUCCUGAUUCCCUGCAGUGUUUCAGCAGGAGUUUUGUAUCCUUAUAAGCUAUUGUGUGUGUGUGUGUGUGUGUGUGUGUGUGUGUGUGUGUGUGUGUGUAUAUGUAUAUAUAUAUAUAUAUAUAUAUAUAUAUAUAUAUACUUUUAAAUGAAUCUCAAGAUGCUUCGCUUGUGAAUCACCCUCGUUCUGAGGGUGAACCACCCGCCUCUCCUGAGGGAUCACACAAGGAGGCAUGGCAGGGGCGCCAGGUUGAGCAGGAUGAAUUUGAGGUGGACCUUGUGCCUUCACACACCCCGUGAGCCCCUCAAUCUCCAUGUAAUGUGUCUAUGCCAAUACACUAUGUGCGUGACGAGCUUCGGCCCUCUGUAAGAGUGUGCUGCCUCAUCACAUUCGGCGGUUAUAACACUGGGUAUGAUGAUGUUAUGUCUCUCGCUGCAUCUGGCGAGUGGUCGGUGGAUGACGCUGCCGCCCAUUCCCCCAGCGAGGGUGACGAGCAUGCACGUGCCACUGAAAAGGAGAUGCUUUGCAUCCUUUCAAGGGCGGUUGAAGAGCUCGGUCUUGAGGAAUCUCCAGAGAAACCUGAAUAAUCUCACCUUGAUGAAUGGUUUGUGCAGUCCGGAUGCCGUCAAGUCGUUCCACAGAUCUGCCCCACUCUUCCCAGAAGUUCAUAACGAACUGACAAAAUCCUGGCACGUGCCCUAUUCAGCUCACUCACACAGCGAUUCCACUCUUCUCAAUAAAGUGGAGCACAGGGAAGACAAAUGUUAUGCCCAACUCCUGACACACAAUGCUGUUCCCCUCUUCCCCACUGCUGUUUGAUGGGAAAGGAAUAUUGUUGUUCAAAAUGUUGUUCAAUAUGUUGUUUUCUGUUGUCUCACAUUAAUAAAGUUUGCAAAAUAAACUUUUUUUGUUUGCAAUAAAGUUUGCACAUUAUGCACAACCACUUUCCAAUGGUUGCAAAAAUAGUACAGCUCUCGCAGGAGACGCUCACACUUUCCUAAUUCACAGCCCACCCAAUGGUGAGCGCCGCAUUAUAUCAUGUAUGCAAGGCCGUAAAUAUGUCUUGAACAUUGGGGGGGACCAAACCAUUUUGGGGGUGGGUGGGUCACAGGUGUUGAGGUCACAAAUAGAAUGGUCCUCUUUGGUACUUUAAUACAGUAAAGGUGUGAAUGCAAUAAUUUUCUGAAUAAAAUCUUGAAAUGUGAUAAAGGCCCAAAAUUUAAUAAUUUUUGGUUUUAAAAGAUACAUAGUACAAGACAAACAUUGUGUCUGCAUUGCUAGCAAUUUGCCUGUUUCAGUCAUCUUUUCUUUCUUUUUUGUGCUGUCAAAAAUUAUUAAUUAAUUUGAAUUUCUUUUCAUCAUUGAAAUAUCUGUAAAAUAACAAGACUGUGUCAGCUGGUUAUCAAAAAGAAAAUACACAAAAUUAUUUA